CCUAACUGUACUAUAAAUAAAUCUGGGAAAUUUCAUUCCCCGUAUACAUUGUGACGUCAUACUUUUUUCUCAUUGCGUCACAUUCUACAACGGUUGUAAACAGAUCAGCUGGGUAGACUGAGUGAAGAAAAAUUGAAGUAGUGUGAAUGAUUUCAUUGACCCAGAUUAUUGCACGGUUCAUUACACACCGUUUGAUGAGGUUCUAGAAAUGAUUGCUAACUUAGGUACAGACUCUUUUCUUGCAAAAAUGGACGUGAAGUCAGCUUUUCGUUUAUUACCCGUACAUCCAGCUGACCAAGAGUUGUUAGGUUUUAAAUUUAACAAUCAGUUUUAUUAUGAUAUGUGCCUCCCUAUGGGCUGUUCGAUAAGUUGUGCUCUAUGGGAAAAAUUUGCUAGUUUUCUAGAAUGGGUGACAAUAACAAAAACAGGUAAAGAUACAUUAAGGCAUUACCUUGAUGAUUUCAUUUUUGCAGCCAAAGAUAUUGAAGGGUGCAAAUUAUUAAUGUCAAGUUUUCAGAAUACUUGUAGAGAUUUUGGAAUUCCGCUAGCAGAGGAAAAAACAGUUGGUCCUAAAAAGUCAUUGGUUUUUCUAGGCAUAGAAAUCGACACAGAAAAGAUGGUUAUAAGUAUACCGGAGGAUAAAACAAUUGCUUUGAAGCACAGUAUAUCACAGAUUUUGGGCAAAUCCAAAAUAACACUAAAAAUUUUACAGUCCCUGGUAGGUACUUUGAAUUUUUGCGCCAAGGCAAUUCCUGCAGCUCGUGCUUUUAACCGUCGUUUCUGUGACGCUAUGUGUGGUAUUAAGCACCCAUCUCAUUUCAUAAGGGUCAAUGAAGGUAUGAAGAGUGACCUUCGUGUUUGGCUUAGCUUUCUUGAACAAUUUAACGGAAGCUUAAAUUUUUUAGAAAUAAAUUGGCUUUCCGAUUUUGACCUUCACCUAUACACGGAUAGUGCAGGUAAUCCACAACUUGGCUGCGGCGUUUAUUUACAGGGUCAGUGGGCUUAUUUCCAAUGGCCUCAUGAAUGGCAGAACACAGAUAUUAUAUCUGAUAUUACUUUUUUAGAACUUAUUCCAAUAGUUUUGGCAGUUAUGCUAUUCAAAAGCCAUUUCCACAAUAAGAAAAUUAUGUUUCAUACAGACAAUAUUGCUUUAGUGGCAAUUCUCAACAAGAAGACAUCAAAAUCGAAACGAGUAAUGCAAUUGGUUCGCCCUUUAGUUCUUUAUGCUAUGAUUAAUAAUACUUUUUUCAAAUCAAGGCAUAUAAGUGGCUGUAAUAACUCAAUCGCCGAUUCUAUUUCUCGUAAACAGUGGACAAGGUUCAGAUCGCUCGCACCGGAAGCGGACGUUCAUCCUUUGCCCAUUCCAGAAGAUUUCACGAGGAUGAUAUCAGAGCUGAAAUAGAACUGCUAACACUAAACUCUGUAGCCACAAACACAAAAAUUUCAUACAAUAAUAGUUUAAGAAUUUUUUCAAGUUUUCGAAAAGACUAUGGUUUUUCCGACAUUUGGGGUCCGCCAGUUUCCCACUUAUGUGUUUUCAUUGCUCAUAUGUCCCUGAAAGGCUUAGCAUAUAGUACAAUAUCAUCAUAUCUAGCUGGAAUAAGUUUCAAAUGCAAACUUUUAUGCACCAACGAUUGUACAAAAUACUUCCUAGUUAGAAAACUUUUAGAAGGUGUUAAACGUUCACGCAAAUCAAUUGACCAACGUUUGCCUAUAACUCAAGAUAUUUUAAAAAAGCUCAUAUCAAGUUCAAGCUAUGUUUGCUCAUCUAAUUUUGAAACCUUCCUAUUUUGUGCUGCAUUUUCUUUGGCAUAUCAUGCCUUUUUGAGAGUAGGUGAAUUUACAAGGAACAAUGCCAAUAACAUUCACCAUAUUAUUGGUAUUAAGGACAUACAGAUAAUCAACGACCAAUCAAUUAAUAGGAAACUAUUAAAGCUUACUGUUCCGUUUUCGAAAACCGACCAAUCAGGAAAAGGUUCAUCAAUUCAGUUGGUUGAAUCCGAUACUCAAGCUAUUUGCCCUAUUUUGCUUUUACUAAGAUAUCUGUCAGUCAGGCCAAAUAUUGGUGGGCAACUCUUUAUUCAUAUGGAUGGCAGUCCACUUACGCGCUAUCAGUUUACGUCAGUACUGAAUAAAUCAAUAGAUAUCAUAGGUCUUUCAAGCUCACUCUACACUUCCCACUCUUUUCGAAUAGGGGCUGCUUCUGAUAGUUUUUUAAAAGGUCAUUCUGAAUCAGAAAUUAUGAAAAAAGGUAGAUGGUC